AUGCACCAUAAAUACGUGACUGGCUCCGAUGAUAAGGCUCCCGUGGUGCCUGUGUGGCUCGACUGCGAUCCUGGCAAUGACGAUGCCUUUGCUAUUCUUCUUGCGGCAAUGCACCCAAACUUCAACCUCUUGGGCAUCUCCACUGUCCACGGCAAUGCCGCAUUGAACCAUACUACCAGUAACGCGUUGGCAUUACUUGAGCUUAUGGGGUUUCAGCAGGACGAAAUCAAAGUGUACGCUGGUGCUGAUAAACCACUCAUUUGUGAGCCUUCUCACGCUCCAGAAGUCCAUGGGGAGACCGGCUUGGGCGGUGCCGGCUUGCCUUCUCCCAAGUUGAAGCCUUCUGAGGACAAGGGAUACUUAGAGGCUAUGAGAGAUGCAAUUCUCGAGAACAAGCACGAAAUUUGCCUUGUGGUCACUGGUGCAAUGACAAACUACUACCAGCUCGUGAGGAAGUAUCCCGAGGUGAAGCAGUACAUUCGCUAUGUUUCCAUCAUGGGAGGAGCUGCCCACUGCGGCAAUGUCACUGAGUACGCCGAGUUCAACAUUUACUGCGACCCACAUGCUGCCGCGGAGGUGCUUGAAGACCCUGAAUUGGCAAACAAGACAGUUUUGAGUACAUUGAAUAUCACCCACACGGUAUUGGCAACUGAUAGGGUCAGAGAAAGUAUCUACCUGGAGAAGAAUGGAAAAGUUUCGAGACUCCGUAAGUGCUACAAUGAUCUCAUCCACUUUUAUCACGGCUCCUAUAUCAAGAGGUUUGGACCCAUCAGGGGCCCCGCUGUUCAUGAUCCAUUGGCCAUGUUCAUGGUUCUCCCAAUGGUGGCGAAGGACAGUGAAGAGUUUAAAGACUUCUACGAUGCAUGUGACUUCAACUUUUACAAAAGAAAGACAAAAGUUGUAAUGGACGGCGAGCGCAGAGGAGAAACGGUCCUACUCAACAGAGACAUGGAUCCAUUGAAACAAGAAGACAACGGUGCAUAUUUUGGCCAGUCUGUCAACAUGCACUUAUUUUGGCAUUACAUGUUACGUGCCAUAGAGCUUGCUGAUGACAAGCUUGCUGCUCGUUCUUAG